UUUUGGGUUUCUGCUUCUCCUAUGCGCAGUAUCACACACCAGACCUCUCUGGCUAGUUAAAAGUCUCAUGCCAUCCCCGAUCUUCGAUUUCCCUCCCGUUCCACGUCCUCUUGUUCCCCACACAAGCUCUUUGGCUUCCCGGCUCUUCCCUGAUUUAUCCCGGGGCGUUUGACGCGUUUUUCCCACCCAUCAUUGCUCUGGCCACCGUCUGGACUGCUGGAGAUCAGAGGUCAUCGGUCUCUCUCGGCGGCGGACCAAAACCUCCUGAAGCUUCAAUACCCACUGUUCAACCUCCGCUUCGGUUCCAUCUCACGGCCCAACAGCACGGGGCGUCUCCAGCUCUCAGCCUAUCCUCGUCGCGCGUCCAUCAUCUUCCCUUCCUUUAACCCCCGGACGUCUGCUCCGUUUCUGCGCCACCCCCCGGUCAGUUCCGUCACCUUCUGUCGGGUCUGCAGCUUUCCCCCGGUCCCACAGCGGUCGAGCGUGCGGCAACGUGGUUACACCCUGCUUCGGACGCCAACUCAAAACGACAUCAACACCAAUACCCCCCAGAAAAAAACGGCAAGAACGACGAAAAAGCGAAGAGGAGCCGGUGACCCAAUCCGAAACAUAUCGAGAGCAGAUCAGGAAUAAUAGCCGUUCGUCGAGACUUGAGCUCAUCCAUCCUGUCUUGUUCCCAGAGACGUUUAAUAGGGUUCCCAACAUCAACCAACAAAAGCAAGCCUUGAAAAAAGGCCAACAAAAAAAAGCGAUCUUUCGAUCCCAUCCAACCAUACUACACGGCCGGCCGGAGGCAGGGGAACGAGUUAAACGGUCGAAUCAGACUGCUGGAGUCUAGUGCAUCGUGUUAGCGGCGGCCUCCUCAACCCGCCGUCAAGGCGCCGCCCAGCUCCUUCCUUGCACCUGGCAGCGUCCAGCGUCCAGUCCCGUCGCAGUCGUAUCGACUCUCAGUGCUUCUCUCCGCUUCCGUUCUCUGAGCGGGCGUGCAUUAGCUCGUCAUCUACUCUACAAAGUACGUCCACAGUUCUACUACGCCUGGCACUACACUACGUUAGCUCCCUCAUCGACGCGGCGACGCCUCUCGGGUACGUAACUGGGUUUCCUCAUUACGUCAGUGACGUUCCUUGCCGUUGCGCAGGGGGUGCCGUGUGCGGUACGGAUACGUUUUGUUUGAUUCUUUCCUUCCUUCCCUUUCCUUUCCUGGGGACGUUCGAGUAAUCCUUGAAGCCCGCAGUUGAAUUGAGACUGAGACAGCGAGUGACCACUGUGAGGUGGAUGAGGUGAGGGGCAUAGAGAGAGAGACAGAGAGGGAGCUGUGGCCUAGGGGAACGUUCUGUCCCACGAAUGGCGUCACAGUGAAAGCAUCCCCUUUGGAUGUUUUUUUUUCCUUCUUGCGUCUCUCUCUUUUUUAUCUCGUUCUGUUGUUGAACCGUCUUUUUUCUCCCUUGCUAUUGAUGCAAGUCACAUUUUGAGCAUUCUAUUGCAUUUCCAUACUAAUCCCAUCCAAUCUUCAUCUGCCCAAAUUCCGCCUCACCCUCCACCUCUGUCUCUCAGUUCUCCCGUUGGUAGGUAAAUUGCCUUUUUCGCUCAGUGACAGGACCCGUCACACGUUCACUGUCCGGCUCAACUUAGACUCACGCUAGAGGUCCAUCAUCCCCGUCCCAUCCCGUCCCAUCCCACCCUCUCUCUCAUCGUCGCCCAAGAGGGCGAGAACGGGGGGGGGGGAAAUACACUCACAUACACAGAGAGUCGCAGUGAGAGUAAGGAGAUCCACUUUGGAAUAUUCUCGAGAAAACAUUGCAGAAAAAAGAACACUCCAAGGAGGAGACAAUCCUCUCUCUCUCUCUCCCUCUUUUUCUCUUACUUCACUCACUCCCUUCCCUCCGAUCGAUCCCUCGCAGCUGCGUCAGUCGCCCAGUGGUCCAACCGUUUUUUCUCAUCUCACAAGUUUUUGUUUCCCUUGACGCAUGUACCUGCGCCUGCGCCCGACCUCUUCCGCAAAUCAUUACGCAAGGCUCAGACUCUGGCUUGUCCCGGACAAGGAACUCUCGGGGGGAGCAGGGGGGAAAAGCUCAAGCUAACGGAACAUUUUUUUGCGCAGCUCCCAGCUCAUAGGUACCUGCACACAUACCUACAUCAUCAGCACCGGCAACACACCUCCUAGGAACUGGAGCACCUUGGCGACGUACGAAUACAGAUACAGAGACCAGACACACACUUUCAUCUCACCCUGGCCUAAUCCACUUUCACUCUUACUCUCACUUUCUCGCUCAUCCACUCUCAAUUCACUGCCCAGCCCGACCUCACUCUCUGGGCUGUGUUUGAGACAAACAUAAACCCAAUCACAGCUCGCCUCUGCUGCACGCCACAAGCCUCACUCUCCAUCUCCCUUCUCCUCUACCACCACCACCACCUCCUCCUCCUGUUCUUCCUUUUGCCCAAUACAAUUGCACAGUCACAAGAGGAGAGAUAGAGAAUUGCCGGAUCCCAUCCUUGGUAUCCAAUCCCAUCCUAUCCCAUCCCAUUCACGACACAACUACAAUCGAACGAACACCACCCAUCUCCCUCGCGUCUCGACAACCGGCGAUCCCUCCCCAAUUCUGAACGAGGCCGCAGCUCCAAGCUCAACCGCCCUACUUUUUUCCUCCUUGGCUUCCGACCUUUCGACUCCCUCUUCCCACAUGUUUUGCGCUACGAAAAGCUGCUCAUAGCUCCUGUCUCCCAUUUCUUCACCAAAACCUCCAACUCCGACUCUUUCGUAUCCUCCUCCGACAUUAGUUGCGACCUCUACUCUUCGCCCUCGCUGUCUUCGGCAAACAACCUCUCCGUGGGCCCUUUCGCCCUUUCGCCCUGUUUGCUUUCUCUUCCUGCACGAUAAUCCAGAAAGCUACAGACAGUAGCCGAGUCGCCCAAGAUGACUGUCUUCAUCGCAUCAUUAUUCCUCCCCAAAACCGUCCACUUCGCCCUUCCCGGCACCCCACAACGGGGAGACGCUUUGCGCCGCGCCAGAACCGACAAGCCCAAACGUCCCGAAGCCGAUCGCCAGCCGAGUCUCUUCAACCCGAUCCGCGACAUCACGCCCCCGAUCACGCCCACUGAAGAAGUAGCCGCCAAGGACCCCUUCACGAACGAGGAUGGCUUCCGCAUCUUUCCCGAGGAGGAGCGCAAGCUUGGUGCCCCCAUCGACAAGGGCUCCCCCAAAUGGGGUGCUCGAGCAACCCAGCCCAAGUCGCGCGCGAGCUCGCCUCCGCCCGCCAUCAUCGCCGAGCACAGCCGCACACUCGAGAAGGCCAGGGAGCUGGGCCGCCAAGGCGUCACGCAGCCUCGUCCUCUCGCUAGAAGCGACAGCCACGACCGCGUCUUCGCCCACGCCAACUGGCGCAUUAUGAAUGCCGACCAAGGCAACGGCGGACUGCGCAAUGCCGCCGAGGCCGCCGCCCGCGACGGCAAGCUUGGCGAGUACACCUGGGUCGGCACUCUUGGCAUGCCCACCGACGCCAUCGAUGGCUCCCAGCAGAAGCAGGACAUCGAGGACCGCCUAGCCACCGAGCACGACAUGCUCGCCGUCUUCACCUCGGACAAGGACUUUGACGGCCACUACUCGCACUUUUGCAAGCAGAUCCUGUGGCCCGUCUUCCACUACCAGAUCCCUGACAACCCCAAGAGCAAGGCCUUCGAGGACCACUCAUGGAAGUACUACGUCAACGUCAACCAGGCCUUCGCCGACAAGAUUGUUAAGAACUGGAAGCGCGGCGACGUCAUCUGGGUCCACGACUACCACCUGCUGCUCGUCCCCGGCAUGGUCCGCAAGAAGCUGCCCGAUGCCAAGAUCGGCUUCUUCCUGCACGUCGCCUUCCCCUCGUCCGAGGUCUUCCGAUGCCUGGCUGUGCGCAAGCAGCUCCUCGAGGGCAUGCUCGGCGCCAACCUCAUCGGCUUCCAGAUCCACGAGUACACCCGCCACUUCCUCCAGACCUGCAGCAGGCUGCUCAACGUCGAGGCCACCACCGACGGCCUCCAGCUCGAGGACCGCUUCGUCGACGUCGUCAACUUGCCCAUCGGCAUCGACCCCGUCAGCCUCAGCGAGCACCGUGGCGACAACGACGUCAAGACGUGGGUCGAGAUCAUGAGGGAGCGCUACCGCGGCAAGAAGCUUAUUGUCGCUCGCGACAAGCUUGACCACGUCCGUGGCGUCCGCCAGAAGCUACUGUCCUACGAGUUGUUCCUCAACAAGAACCCGGAGUGGCGCGACAAGAUUGUUCUCAUCCAGGUGGCCCUCUCCGGCAGCGAGAAGUCCGACUUGGACGCGACUGUUAGCGACAUCGUCACCCGAGUCAACUCCUCAUGGGCGAACCUGGCCUACCAGCCUGUCGUCUAUCUCAAGCAGGAUAUCGAUUACCCGCAGUACCUUGCUCUGCUGACCAUGGCCGACGCCCUGAUGAUCACGAGCCAGCGCGAGGGCAUGAACCUGACGUCGCACGAGUAUCUCUUCUGCCAGGACGGCGAGGUCUUUUCCGAAAAGAAGCACGGCUCGCUGAUCCUGUCCGAGUUCACCGGCACGUCGUCGCUCUUUGGUGGCAACGAGCUGGCAGUCAACCCCUGGGACUACCGCCAGUGCGCCGACGCCAUCAAGAAGGCGCUCGAGAUGGGAGACGAAGAAAAGGAACGCCGGUGGCGCGCCCUCUACUCGGCUGUUAUGCACCACACCGGCUCGCACUGGUUCAGCGAGUUCUUAUCGCGCCUGGACCGCGUGUACGACGAGCAGCACAAGCACGACCAGACCUCUGUCCCGCGCCUCAACAUCAACACCCUGGCCGCGAGAUACCAGCGCAGCGACCGCCGGUUGUUCAUUCUCGACUACGAGGGCACCUUGGUUAGCUGGGGUCCGAUGAACCAGAUCAUUCCCGUCAGCCCUCAGCGCACUUUGGACGUCCUCAAUGAACUGUUGCUCGACGAGCGCAACACUGUCUACAUCAUGUCCGGUCGUCGCCCCGAAGAGCUUGACCGACUGUUCCGCCGCGUCCCGAACCUUGGCCUCAUUGCCGAGAACGGCUGCUUCCUCAAAGACUGCGGCAAGAACACAUGGCAAGAGAUGGCCGACAGGGAACAGAUCUCAAGCUGGAAGGAGUCGGUCAAGUCGAUCAUGACCUACUACCUCGAGCGUACGCCUGGCGCCGAGAUUGAGGAGCGCCGUUGCAGCCUGAUUUUCCACUACAAGAGCGCCGAGGACUACGAGUCUGCGGCCCGCCAGGCUUCGGACUGCGCCAGCCACGUCAACGACGCGUGCGAGGAGCAGCGUGUCCACGCCAUCCCCCUCGACGGCUCCAUCGUCGUGGAGCCCAUCGACUGGACCAAGAGCACUGCCGCCGAGAAGAUCUUUGAAGACCUGCGCAUCCACAUGGAGCCCGAUGCGGAACACCAGAGCCCGGUCGACUUCCUCAUGGUUGUGGGAGACGGACGUGAGGACGAAAAGGUGUUCAAGUGGGCCAACGCCCUUGGUCGCGACAAGGUGGUCGAAGAUGUUGUGACUGUCAGCCUGCACAGCCGUAACACCGAGGCCGGUUUCACUCUGACACAGGGUGUGAGCGGUGUGUUGCUGGCUCUUCAGAAGCUCGCCACAACCCAGUAAGCUCGCUCGAUGAGCUUGAAGUUGUUCUUCAAAGAUCAAGAUCAAACAGAGCCCCGCUGCAACCUUGGGUUAUUACCGUCGGAGCACAUAUUUGAUGGCUGUUGACCUGGUCAUAACACCAGGCAGAUUAUACCACAGUUGGGUUAGCAUACAUAGGGCGGGAUGAUGGAGUGUGAUGGCGUAUAAAACAGGAAGCCAGGGUUUCGUUUCAUUUCGUUUGGCCUUUUCUUUUUUUAUUUCUUUUUUUCCAUCCUGGACUUCUGGACGAUGGAUCAUGAACACGGGGUUUUUUUUGGGACGGGAGUGAGGAACAAUCAACGACUUUGCAUUGGCGCGCAUCAUUUGCAUCGAGGGGCAACCCUCGCUCAAAGGAAUAUUCCUUAAUGUUUUUUUUCCCUCUGUUGUUUUUUUCUUUUACUCUUUUAUUGCGUCAUGUUUCUCUUCUUUCUGGUUUCCCAGUUACUUGCAAUGCACCUCACAUGAGUCUGAACGCUUUAGUUUUGUUUGCUUGCAACCAGCUGCGGGACUCAACGUGAAAGCUUGUGAUGCUGCUGAUCCCCUCGAAAGUUGAACACCCCCCAAGUACACACAAAAAUAACACCCCCCCCCUACUCUCUUGUACUACCACCACGUCUCUGGUUUCAUAGUUGCGUUUGCGUUUUUUACAUUUUGUUUGCUGUAUGUAAUAGCAUCAGGUCGGGUGCUGAGAGGCAUCCUGUGUAUUUGUACCCCAAUGAGGGAAGAAUGGAGGGAAGAAUGGAGAGAAGAAUCAAGACUUAGACAAGGCAAGGCUUGGUUAGAACCAUGAAGCACCUGGAUGUUCCAUGCCAUCCAACAUUCGAGAGUAAUGAAGUUCACGUUC